UUAGCUCACGUUAGGAAUGGACUGGUUUCUCGUGACAUGAAUCUAUCAGUAAAUGACGGUUAACUUUGAAACAGUGCUCGGGACUAAGUUACAAACGUAAGGUCACCGACGUCUGGACAUUUCACUUUUGGUUUUGUGCAUUUAUUCUUCUGUUAUUAACAGGGGAUUCACCAAAGCUACAAGCUAGCUGUGUCAAACUUUACAGGUAUGUCUCCUCUGUCAUCCUGUUGGACCAGACUCCAGCUGAGUACACUAAACUUUAGGGCACUUCUUCACAAGACUGUCUGUGUUUGUCCAAAGCCAGACUCCAGACACCACAGCUGUGGACAGCACAGGAGGAGGGUUGUUAUUACUGGUAUAGGGUUGGUAUGUCCUCUGGGCACAGGGACUGCAGUAGCCUGGGACCACCUGAUAAAAGGUCAGAGUGGGAUUGUUGCUCUCCCCUCAGAGGAGUACAAGACUGUUCCCUGUAAAGUGGCAGCACUGGUGCCCAGAGGAAAUGAACCAGGUCAGUUUAAGGAGGAGAGGUUUACCUCACGUGGGCAGAUCAACAGCAUGUCACCAGCCACUGUGAUGGCCCUCGGAGCUGCUCAGCUGGCUCUGGAGGACUCAGGGUGGUACCCUGAAACCACAGAGGAACAGCUCAAUACUGGGGUGGCUGUGGGCAUGGGCAUGGUUUCACUGGAUGAAAUCGCUCGCACCUCUGCUGCCUUCCAAGAAAAGGGCUACAGCAAAGUCAGCCCCUUCUUUGUGCCUCGCAUCCUGGUCAACAUGGCUGCAGGGCACAUAAGUAUCAAACAUAAACUGAAAGGUCCAAACCACGCAGUGUCCACAGCAUGCACCACAGGCGCACACGCCAUAGGUGAUGCCGCCAGGUUCAUUGCCCACGGAGAUGCAGUUGCUAUGGUGACAGGAGGAACUGAAUCCUGUGUGGGGCCUCUGGCAAUGGCCGGCUUUGCCAGGGCACGCGCCCUCGCCACCAAAUGGAAUGACAACCCCACGCAGGCGUCGAGACCAUUUCACCCAGAGAGAGAGGGCUUUGUGAUGGGCGAAGGAGCAGCGGUGCUCCUGCUGGAGGAGCUGGACCAUGCAGUGAAGAGAGGGGCCAGGAUCUAUGCAGAGGUCCUGGGUUAUGGACUCUCAGGGGAUGCCAGCCACAUAACUGCACCCACUGCAGAUGGAGACGGAGCAUUCAGAUGCAUGUCUACAGCCCUCAGAGAUGCUGGCGUCUCACCAGCAGAUGUGACAUACGUGAAUGCUCACGCUACAUCCACACCUUUAGGUGAUGCAGCUGAAAAUGCCGCCAUCAAGAGGCUCUUUCAGCAAAGCGUUGAAAACCUUGCCGUCUCCUCCACCAAGGGAGCCACGGGACACCUGCUUGGGGCCGCAGGGGCCCUCGAGGCAGCGUUUACCGCUUUGGCCUGCUACCACGGGGUCCUGCCCCCAACGCUCAACUUGGAUCGUACAGAGCCAGAGUUCGACCUGAAUUAUGUUCCCUGCACAGCGCAGCAAUGGCGGACUCAGGGCCGACGGGUCGCCCUCACAAACUCUUUUGGAUUUGGUGGCACUAACGCAUCACUGUGUCUCUCCAGCAUGUGAUGACACACUGAGACUAAUUCUUGACUUUAUAUUAUAUUUGAAAUCAUCAAUCUGUGUUCUUUUUUGUUUUGUAUGAUAAGAGUUUCACUAACUGAAUAUUUUUAGUAGAACUAUUCAGUACUACUGUGGGUGUGAAUGGUUGUCUGUCUCUAUGUGUCAGCUCUGUGAUAGCCAGUCGACCUGUCCGGGGUGUACCCCACCUCUCGCCCAAUGUCCCCCACGAUCCUCAACAGGACAAGUAGCUAUAGAAAAUGAAUAAAUUACACUGAAAGUACUAAAUCCUUGUAAUGAUUGACUGAUGGUUUUGUUUUAUUUUUUUUUUUUUUUAAUGAAAAUGGUCAAAUUUACGCUUGUGAGUGGAGGGAUAAAUCUGGGUCUGGAAAGUAACUAACCCACACUUGACUCUCUCUCAUGGCCACUGUUGAGGUGCCUCAGAGCAAGGACAGUCAUCUCAGUGGCAAACUGACCAGAAUUACAGAUUAAUCUAUCAGUCAUAUUCACAAUUAAAUGAUAAAUUGUUUGGGCCAUUAAAUAGUAAAACACAUUUUAUAUUAUAAAAUGGUUAGUAAAAAAAUGCAUGACUUCCUAAAGUUGAAGGUGACAUUUUCAAAUGUAUUUUUCUGCCCAACUAAUUUAAAUUGCAAUUAUUUGAAACAAAGAAAAGCAGAGAGGCAGAAAAUUUGUUUUUCAAAAUGGGAAAUAGUUGAUUUAUUUUCUGGUGAUCAACUAAUCGUUAAUCGUGUGAUUGCUUUCACUAAAGUGAAUGAAAAAGUCAUUCCUUAUCUCACAUUACUAAGUUUGGUAACUGUCUUACUCUACAUACUGAUUAAACUCCGACUUACAGCUUUUGGCCAUGAUGUUAUCAAGACGUAAAGCGACAUUUCAAAAAUAAAUAUUUAGCUACCGCACCAGUACCAUCUGCAAACAACAAUUAUUUAAUACCCGGUUUUCUAUAACACACAAUAAUAUCACCUAAUAUGGAUGAAUUUCACAGAUUUCUUAAUACAAAAGUAGUUUAAAGAUUGUGAUGAGACGGAUCUAACUGCACUAAUUAUACUUUUUAGAGUUAGUUUUAGUUUAAUCCAGGAGUUCUGAUAAAUCUGAAAGGUCAUCACAUAAUCAGUGGGAGUGGACUUAGUCUUCCAUACAAGGUGCCACCUGCUGUAACCAUUCACACGCACUCAGACCAAUUUGAGCAAUUUGGGGUUUAGGAUCUCAUCCAAGGAUACCACACGCAGACUGGAGGACCCAGGGAUCCAACAGCCGAUCUUUCAAUUAGUAGAUGACCUGCUUUAUGUCCUGAGCAGCAGCCACCACUUAAAACAGUGUUCCAUAAUUUGAACAUUAAUCUGUAGUGACAGAGCCCAGAUGGCAUAACAUAUGUUUCAUCUACCAUCACAUACCUUCUGAAGUCUAUGAGUCAUUGCACUUACCAGACUUCUGUAAUUUAAUUUUAUAGAUAUUGUGAGCCCGUCUCUUUCUGUGAGCAUGCCCAGGUUGGUCUGAGCAUCUCUGUGCAGCUUCCUGUACAGUACAGUCAUAAUAACUGACACAAAGAUCGAUUUCAUUGCUGCUAAGCUGCUAUAAUCAGGACUGUGUCCAUGGCAAAUGUCUGUUAUUCGUGGCAGUUUUUCCCUAAUCUUUGCUUUGUUGUGAAAUAUUGGAUAAGUUUACUCCUUAUACUUUAGUUAAAUGAAAACAUCUGACAAGUUCCCUGUUUUUAUAAGGGGUCACAAGUCAAACAGGUUGAAAAUCACUGGUUUAAUAUCCUAAACAGUGGAUUGUGCUCUAUAAAAUAAAAAGUAAAUAAGAUGGUGUAAAAGUACAAAGCCUCCCUUUGAAGUACAGUGAAGUAGAAGUAUAAAAUUUCACACAAAAAUACCUCAAAAUUGUACUUAGGUACUGCGCUUUAGUAUAUUUACUUCCCACCACUACUUACAUGUCAGAUCCAGGCCUUAUACCUGUGUUAAAGUGCUUUGUGCAGUGUGUUUGAAAUGAGCAUUCCACCAUGGGACCUGGAGUAAUGUCUGAGCCCAGCCAUCACUCUGGAGCAGACUCUCUGUGCUCCAGCAGGUGGCGUUGGCUGACAGCAGUUUGCUUUGAUGUACAUGUCUAGUGCAGCUUACAUUUUUAGCAAGGGCGUAGAUUGUGUUUCUACACUGGUGGGGACAAAUAUGAAAUGGGGGAUCCACUGCUCCUCCUCCAGAAAAUUUCCAUCUCACUUUCUGCAUUCUGGUGAUUUUUAUGCACCAAUUUAUGAUGGAAAUGUCACAAAAUUCAUGCAUCUUAUGACAAUUCAAAAUAUAAAAAAAACAAUAGAAUAUAACGCAGUAUAGGGCUUUCAUUUUGUAUUGCUUUCAAAUACUGAUUCUCAUGUAGAUCAGCUUUUCUUAUGUCAUGGUAUCCCUGCUGAGUCAACACACAGGCAUGAUUUACCCCUCUAUCUUUUCAUGUUUGAGGAAUCACCCUCUUUAAAUGUGCAUGUGGCACCUGUUCACAUCAAUGACACAUAAAGUCAUUUUAAUUAGUUUAAAGCCCCUGGACUUCAAUAGCUCAUAUGUAUUGUCAUGUUCACUGAGAGAAAAUGGAAAAGCUAGACAUUACGAAACUGUGUGAAGAAUUUGUUAAGAUUACUUAUCAGUGAAUGCACUUCUUUGGGGUCUGUUUUAGAAACACUCUAGGAAACAUUAAGAUUACAUUAAUUUUUUUAGGACAAUGCACAUUUGUCUCUUCUAUAUCUGUUUUUAUUGAAUUGUAUGUCUUCUUAUAGUGCAA